AGCGGGUAAUAUUAACGUUCAUUUAUUUCAGGAGGAAGACAGGGACAGGGAUAAAUGUGGUGUGUUUAUACUAGUUACUGAUAAUCCUGAUGGAUGGGUGUUUCACCACUGAGGCUGCGCUCCGUCCACUGUAGUGUAAAGCGAGACAAUUAUUAUUAACAACAUUAAAGCUCUGAUGUAUGAUUACGUGUGUUAAAAUUACGUUAUUUAUUUAUAUGAGCGUCAGCGUUCAGAGAUCUUCUCAUUCCGGUGUGAGAGCAGCAGCUGAACCCGGUACCACCACCAGCAACAGAAGCUGGUAGGGAUCCGGACUUUUUAACAAUCAGCUUUGGUGUGAAGUGAAACGCUGUUUAUAAUAAAGUUAUAAAUCCAGAGGGGUGAAUUUAGGCAAAGUUAGCAACAUGUUUACAUCGGUGAACAGCUGCAGAGAGAAUGUAAGCUAACGUUGGUAAGCUAGUUAGCAUACCGCUAGAUGCGCUACUUCUUCUGAUAACUGAACUGGGCAUGAACUAGUGGAAGGAAUGCUGGAGGAGUUUUGUUUUUGUUUUGAUCGCAAAAACAAUUUCAGGCUCUACUUUUCCCUUUGCUUAGUAUGUGUUGCUCACUGUUUAUAUGCUUUUGCCGUCCAGCAUGGUGGACCCACGUGAUUAGGUGACGUCGGCGAAAAGGGUCAAUUCGGGGCUACAUGAACCACGUGACCGCGUGUCGGCAAGUUCAAGGAGUGUCGUAACUUUCUUUGGAUCAGACCAGAGCUAUAGAUCAGCCUAACUCACACGAUCGGAACACCAACCGUUCAGCCCGCAUGUUCCAUGAACCGGACGCAUUAGUAGAGCUGAAACCACGUCUGACUGACGUCUAACGUGAUUAUCACAACAACAUUUAUGUCGAAGCUCACCUGAGGACGGUGAGUCGUUUUCAUGGCGCAAAGAAAACGGCUGUCCGCCUCUCAAGGCUCCCAGAGUAAACGACAUUCCAGCAGCCUCAGGAGUCAGGAGGAGGAUGAAGAUGGAAGUUUCACUCAGCCGAGUGUGUCUCAGGUCCAGCGGGGGCUGGAGAAACUCACUCCUACGCAAGUCGACCAAAAGACGGCUGAGGUGGUGCAGUACAUUUUAAUGAAAGACCAGAAGAAGAUCCCUGUGCGCCGAGCAGAUCUUGUGAAACAUGUCGUGAAGGAAUACAGAAACGUCUACGCUGAGAUCAUAAAGAGGGCAUCAACAACGUUUGAACAGGUGUUUGGCUUAAAGCUGCUAGAAAUUGAUCCCAAAAAUCACCUGUACAUACUGGUCAAUAACCUGGAUGAGCCUGCACCAACCGCUGCGCCGCUCGUAUGCCCCACCAAUCCAAAGAUGGGUUUGCUCUUUGUGAUCUUGAGUGUUAUUUUCAUGAAAGGAGGCAUGAGAGGAAGUGGCGUCAGAGAAACCCUUAUCUGGAACACACUAAGGAAACUACGUGUUGAUCCUGGGCAGAAGCAUGAAGAGUUUGGGGAUGUGAAGAAACUUGUUACUGAAGAGUUUGUGCGACAAAAGUACCUGGAGUACGUCCGGAUCCCCCACACAGAACCACUGGAGUAUGAGAUCCGCUGGGGUCCCCGUGCAGACGUGGAGGUGUCCAAAGCCAAAAUCCUGGAGUUUAUGGGUCAGCUUUAUGAGCAACAACCUCAGAGCUGGACCCAACAGUACCGAGAAGCUCACUCCACCCACAGCCCCACCCAGCCCCGGGGCCAGAAAUGAGCAGCCUCCACCGUUCUCGUUUCACAACUUCGCUUCUGGACCAAAAGUUCUGUUCACAUCAGUCGUUUGUGUUAAAGUUUAAGAUUUUAUUUUCUGGGUUUUAACAAACAUGAAUAAAGGAUUCUGGCUACA